AUGAAGCUUCACAAAGGCUUCAGCACAAGUGACGUGCUAGAUAACUUCGACAAAAAGCUAAACAAAAAUUACAAAAUGUUUGAGGAGGGGACCAUACAGAAGAUGCAUAGCGAAUACGAGCACCGGGUGAAGGAGAAGACCAAGGUGAAGGUGAAAAGGAAGGGCGCGCUGGGGAACAAGAGGCCGCGCGAUGGGACGAGCGGGGAGGACGAACCGCAGGAGCAAGCACAGAGCGAAGAAAAACCCAACCGCAGAGACGACGCGAGCGAAGCGGACGAUGUGGACGAAGUAGACCACGUUAACGACGCUGACGAAGUAGACCACGUUAGCGAUGCGGACGAAGUAGACCACGUUAACGACGCGGACGAACGGGCCACCUUCCGCGAUCUGAACAUCUGCGAGGAAAUCCUGCAGAGCAUAGACGAGCUGGGUUGGAAGAAGCCGACCGCCAUCCAGCGCAAGAUGCUGCCCUACGCCUUCCAGAAGAGAGACAUUAUCGGCCUGAGCGAAACGGGCAGCGGAAAAACGGCUUGCUUCAUAAUACCCAUCCUGCAGGAGCUCCGAGAGAAGAGGCAAAGCUUCUUCGCCCUGGUCAUCUCCCCCACCAGGGAACUCUGCAUACAAAUAGCACAGCACUUUCAAGCCUUGGGGUCAAACCUACUUGUUAAUAUAUGCACAAUAUUUGGAGGUGUCGAUAUAGUGACUCAGUCUUUAAAUCUAGCGAAAAGACCGAACAUCAUUGUGAGUACCCCAGGAAGGAUCCUAGACCAUUUGAACAACACCAAAGGUUUUAAUUUAAAAAAUUUAAAAUACCUCGUCUUUGACGAAGCAGACAAAUUAUUAUCCCUCGACUUUGAGGCCUCCAUUAAUAAGCUCUUGUUGAUUCUUCCAGAAAAAAGAAUCACCUUUUUAUUCUCUGCAACAAUGACGAAAAGUGUAGCCAAAUUGAAAAAAGCAUCACUAAAGAACCCCAUCAAAGUAGAGGUCUCCAAUAAGUACAGCACCGCUAGCACACUCAUCGAAAAUUACUUAUUCAUUCCACUCAAAUACAAAUACACCUACCUGUGUAGCUUGAGUAUUAUCAUCUUUGCAAAUACUUGUGCGACAGCUCAGAAGAUAAAUUUUUUCUGUAGAAAUUUAGGACUGAAGUCGAUAUGCUUACAUGGGAAGUUAACACAAAACCAGAGACUAAGUAGUUUGAAUUCUUUUAAAAGUAACCGUUACAAUAUCUUAAUUUCUACACAAGUCGGGGCUAGAGGACUUGAUUUAAAAGAUAUAAAAAUUGUAAUAAAUUUUGAUCUCUGUUCAUGUAAGGAGUAUAUCCAUAGGGUGGGAAGAACUGCUCGAGCGGGUCGUACCGGGAAGUCUAUCACUUUCGUUACGCAGUAUGAUGUAGAAAAUUUUCUCUCCAUUGAAAAGAUGCUCAAUAAAAAAAUUGACAAGUUUAGCGAGUUCGACGAAAAUGACGUGCUGCUUUAUCACGAGCAAACUGUUGAGGCGCUUCGCCUGGCCGACACAGAGAUGAAGGAGAAUCAGGACCUCUACCGCAGGGGCAAGUUCAAGAAGGUUCGCCGAUGA